AUGUACAAUCCUAAUAACACUUCUAACCAUAACAGCAACAACAACAAUAACAUGGACAAUCUAAUUCAUAAUUUUAAUUAUCUCCAAAUUGGGUCCAAUGCCAAUAAUAAUAGCACUUCCCAAUUGAAUGAAAAACAACAACAAUUCCCUCAGUCGCGAUACAAUCCUACUUCUUCCUCAACAACGACCAUCAACAAUACCAAUAUACAUUAUCAAUCAUCAUACAAUCCAAACAACAACAACAACAGCAAUACUAUACAGAAAUUGUCUGUAUACAAUUCGACGGUGCUUGGCGAUGCCGAAUCCUCAUCACCAACGACUGCAGCACUCAACAAAAACAAAACUAAUUCAACGAAUAUUUCUGCCAUUAAAAAACAACCUUCUAAUCAAGUGGUUCAACAACAACAACCAGCGGCAACAUCCUCUUCAUCCCCAACCUCUCAACAACAACGAAAAACAAUCAGUUAUAGUGCUAUUAAAGUUAUUGGCAAUGGUAGCUUUGGAGUUGUGUUUUUAGCAAAAGUACAAGAAACAGGAGAAAUUGUUGCUAUUAAGAAAGUAUUACAAGACAAGAGAUUCAAAAAUAGAGAAUUACAAGUCAUGAAAACGCUAUCUCAUCCAAACAUUGUUGAAUUGAAGCAUUACUUUUAUUCGAGAGGUGAUCGAGAUCCAGAUGAAGUCUAUCUCAAUCUCGUUCUCGAAUACGUUCCAGAUACAAUCUAUAGAUUUACAAUGAAUUAUACCAAACACAAUUCCUAUGUUCCAAUGAUCUAUGUGAAAUUAUUUGUUUUCCAAUUAUUGAGAUCUAUCAUUUAUAUUCAUUCUCUUGGAAUUUGUCAUCGUGAUAUUAAACCUCAGAAUUUAUUGAUUGAUCCAGUCACAGGAGUAUUAAAAUUAUGUGAUUUUGGAAAUGCAAAACAAUUGAAAGAAGGUGAACCCAAUGUCUCAUACAUUUGUUCAAGAUAUUACAGAGCACCAGAAUUAAUAUUUCAAAGUACAAAAUAUAAUUGUGCUGUAGAUGUGUGGUCAUGUGGAUGUGUCAUGGGUGAAUUAAUGUUAGGAUCACCACUUUUUCAAGGUGAGAGUAGUGUCGAUCAGUUAGUUGAAAUUAUCAAAGUAUUAGGAACACCUUCCAAAAAUGAUAUAUUGGCCAUGAAUAAGAAUUAUACAGAAUUUAAAUUUCCUCAAGUGAAACCUAAUCCAUGGGAUCAAGUAUUUGCAGAUCGAUUUCAAUACAUGCAACGAACGUAUCAAGCAACUAAUGGACAAUCAAUGAAUGGUGGUGGUAGUACGAUGAGUGGUGGUGGUACUAUUAUGAGUGGUAUUGGUAGUACUGGUAGUGGUUUCAUGAUGGAUCCAGCCACUGAAAUGAAUCAUGCAGUGGAUCUCAUUACCAAAUUAUUGCAAUAUGAUCCAAAGAAGAGAAUACCACCGAUGGAUGCAUUGGCUCAUCCUUUCUUUGAUGAAUUGAGAAUACCAGGUGUCAAAUUACCAAAUGGAAAACCAUUACCACCCUCUCUGUUUGUUUUCUCUGAACAGGAGUUUAACAUGUUACAAAAUCCAGAAUUGAAAGAUUUGAUUUUACCAAGAUCCAUUCAGAAUUGA